AUGGGUGUUGUUAAUCAUUUGGCAACCAGAAUCGAGCAGUUUACGAAGAAAAUUGACGAAUGGGAAAACGAAAGACAAUUUGGUGUGGAUGAUAUUGAUAAUGUGGAUGGCUAUGAUGAAACAUUUUUUGGUGGUUUGGAUACAGAGUCAUCCGCUACGUAUGUGGAGUCACCACCUAUUGUUGUUGACAUUAACGAUAAAAGAGUUAUACCGGUAAAGGUUCUGUCCACUGAACCAGUGAAGAACAGAAAAGGAAGAAAACCGAAGAAGGACGAUACUUUAGAAAACUUACAAUUACUAUUGGAUCGUUACAUGCCUAACGAUGAGGAAUUUUGGAAAUUAUGGGGAAAGAACCAGACGGUGCUUGUUUUUAGAACAUAA